GCAACGAAACAACACAGGAAUACAAUGCUGCUGCUAAAUAGUUGGAUUGGAAUAUUUGUAACGUGUCUUCUGAUAUCAGAAAUUGUUGGCCUAAAGCUAAAAACCGUACGAAUACCGCCGUACAGACUUCGCAGUGAGUCCGCAUUACUUGAAUGCCACUACGAACUUAACGGCCAGCGAAAAGGACAUGGCACAGCUAACGGCGGCAAUCGACGACAUCAUGCCUAUCAAAGCGACUAUGUCGGUGAACCCUUCGAAGAGGAGGAGAAGCUGUACUCAAUCAAAUGGUACAAAGACAACGAGGAGUUCUAUCGCUACGUGCCGUCGGCUUCGCAACCGAUUAAGAGUUACAAAAUCGAGGGUAUCCGGGUCGACCCAAACCAUUCCGAUGGUACGAAGGUGUUGCUGCGAGGGUUAACACUUAAAUCCUCCGGUAUCUACCGGUGUGAGAUCUCGGCCGAGGCGCCCAGCUUCGACUCGGUUCAAGGCGAAGGUCGGAUGGAUGUGAUAUAUGUUCCAAAGGAUGGUCCACACAUUAGCGAUGGUGGAAGGCAAAGCUUCCAAAAUGGUGAAACAAUGGAGUUCAACUGUACAUCCGCUCGCUCACAUCCCGCCACCACCCUGCAGUGGUAUAUCAAUGAUUUACAAGUGAUGGACCCGAACAGUAUCAUACACUAUCCCUCGGUGCAAAAUCAGCAUGGGUUGAUUACCACCUUUCUUGGCCUGAGUAUGGUCGUCAACCAUCGGCUUUACAUCGAUGGGACGAUACGGAUAAAGUGUAUGGCUAUCUUAUCGCCCGUCUUAUGGCGUGGUGAUCAAGAGAGUAUCGUCCAGUGGGAGCAGCCAGCGAUCGACAGUCGUUCUGCCAUGCUGUUAGUAAAAAGCAACGACACGAGCAGAACCCAAAUCUUCAUAGUGCCCUUUAUCAGUCUUGUGCUUUAUGCAAUUUGCCCAAUACAUGCUUGCGUAAAUUGGUGAUAGUAUGUUUUGGGAGUAAAAAUUAUGAAACACAAAGCCCAUCGCAUAAAAAGCGCACAUUCGGUAACAACUGGCAAUUUCCAGUGAUUGUAAGCGCUUAAUAAGUCAUAUUGUAGUAUUGAUUUUCAUACGAUUGAUCAUUCUUCAUUUGUAUUUUAAAGUUCAUCGUAAGUUAUCAUUUACAUGUAUUUUUACACAAAAAUUGAUCGUUUGUCAAAUGUCUGUUCGUUGCGGAUUUAUUUUCGAACAUAUAAAAUUUAAAACACAAUCAAAAGCAAUUAUAGAGUCGAAAACCCCCAAAAUCGAUGUAAAUAAAGUAGAAAAUAUCAGUCGUUCAUCAGUUUCAGAUACCGUCAGACGGAACGGUUGAAAGGUAGAAAAAGGAAAACAAAAUACAACGCAAGCUGUACAAUACUACGUUUACGUUAGUAAUCCGUCAUAAAACCGUUUAACAAUAAAUCACAGUAAAUCUAAUGUAAAUCUAGCGGAAGAUACAAUGUUGUAUAUUUUAAGUAGUAAUCCAAACUCGUAAAUAAACUAUCAUAUAGACGCUGGGAGAAAACAUCGAGAUUUUCCAUGAAAAUGAAAAUAAAAUGGAAAACGGAACCACUUAA